GGUGGGACAAGACUAGGAGGAGCAGAAGCGAAAGUCGACCUCAGAAACAGCACGUCAAACUUCCCUUCCCAUGCCUCGUGCUUCCCACUAUCUAUCUCAAAUCAACACCCGACCACGCUUCUCCUCCACUACUGCCAUACGAACCUCACCACGACAACUAGCUGUGCCUUUCGCCAACCUGACGUCGGAUCGCUGGCAUGGUCUGCAUGCCCGCAACCUCCUGAUAAUAUCUGCCAUACCACUAUCCCGGUUGCGUCGUCUCAGAUUUUAGAGCCCCCCCAAUCCCACAACGACCGCCGCUCGCCCUCAACCAACCCAUUGCAUCACCCGCACGCGAUCCACUCCGAUCGCUCACAACCACGACGUCGACUCUCCUGAACAUCAACCGACCCUCCCAUCGAUAAACGCGCCUGCGCAACCUCGCUCGCCAUGGCAGACGCGCCGAAUACCCAGGACGAGCUCUACCCCAUCGCCGUCCUCAUCGACGAGCUAAAGCACGACGAUGUCCUCCUACGCCUCAAUGCCAUCCACCGCCUCUCCACCAUCGCCCUCGCCCUGGGCGCUGAGCGCACGCGUGAGGAAUUGAUUCCCUUCCUCGACGAGUCCGUCGAGGACGAGGAUGAGGUGCUAGUCGCUCUCAGCGGCGAGCUGGGCAACUUCAUCGAGUACGUCGGAGGCGCCCAAUGGGGUCAUGUUCUCCUCUCCCCCCUCGAGAACCUCGCUGCCAUCGAGGAGCCCGUGGUGCGGGACAAGGCCGUCGAGUCCCUCAACAAGAUCUGCGAGGAGCUGUCCUCCCAGCAAGUCGAAGAAUACUUCAUCCCUUUGACCAUCCGACUUUCAAAAGCAGACUGGUUCACCUCCAAGGUGUCUGGCUGCGGUCUCUACACAUCGCCCUACAAGAAGGUGUCCCCGGGCAUUCAAGAAGACCUCCGAAAGCAGUUUGGACAGCUUGUUCACGAUGAGACACCUAUGGUCAGACGCCAAGCAGCCACUAACCUGGCAAAGUUCGUCAAGGAGAUGCCGGCCGCUAUUGUUGUUGAAGAGAUGAUACCCCUUUUCCAGCACCUCGCCCAGGACGAUCAGGACAGCGUCCGCUUACUUACCGUCGAGAUCCUCAUUUCCAUCGCCGAGGUCGUGCCCAAGGAGCAGCAGUCGAGUCACGGUGUUCUCCUCACUUCUCUGCGAAACCUGAUCGAGGACAAGAGCUGGAGGGUUCGGUACAUGAUCGCGGACAGAUUUGAAAAGAUUUCCAAGGCUGUUGAUGAGGAGGUCGUCUCAAGGGAUCUGGUGCCGUCUUUCGUGAAGCUCCUCAAGGAUAACGAGGCAGAAGUCCGGACCGCGAUUGCUGGACAAAUACCUGGAUUCUGUGCUCUGGUUGACCGAACUGUUCUCCUGAAUGACAUCAUGAGCAGCGUGGAGGAUCUCGUUUCCGACACGUCCCAGCAUGUCAGAGCUGCUCUCGGUACUCAGAUCAGCGGCCUUGCGCCCAUCUUGGGAAAGCAAGAGACUAUCGACCACCUUCUGCCCAUGUUCUUGCAAAUGCUGAAGGAUGAAUUCCCCGAAGUUCGCCUCCACAUCAUUUCCAAGCUUGAGCUAGUCAACCAGGUCAUCGGAAUUGAUUUGCUCUCCCAGUCUCUUUUGCCCGCCAUUGUGCAGCUUGCCGAGGACAAGCAGUGGCGUGUGAGACUGGCCAUCAUCGAGUACAUUCCCCUCCUUGCCAGCCAGCUCGGAGUCAAGUUCUUCGACGAGAAGCUGAGCAAUCUCUGCAUGAGCUGGCUGGGCGAUACCGUCUUCUCAAUCCGUGAGGCGGCGACACACAACCUGAAGAAGCUCACCGAGGUCUUUGGAGUCGAAUGGGCGAGUGAGGCGAUCAUUCCAAAGGUUAUGGCCAUGGGCAACCACCCUAACUACCUCUACCGAAUGACAACCGCCUUUGCUAUCACCACCCUGGCUUCGGUUGUGAGCCUUGAUGUCAUUGCUGACAAGAUCCUGCCCAUGUUGGACAAGCUCGUCGACGAUGAGAUCCCCAACAUUCGCUUCAACGUCGCCAAGACAUAUGGCGUUCUGAUUGACGUCCUUCGCCGUUUGCCCGAAGAGGGUACGAUUUAUUCCCUGGAGAAGGAGGGCGGCGCCUUCACUGCGUCUCCCAGAGGCAUGGAGCUGAUCCAGACACGCGUCAUCCCUAAGCUCGAGAAGCUGCAGAAGGAUGAUGACGUCGACGUGCGGUACUUUGCGACAACGUCUGCGAACCAAGUGUCUGGACCUUCUUCUGGCGAGCCUAUGAAUACAUCACCAUAGAUGAGAGACGUAAUGAAGCAAUUCCCAAUCUUUUUAUCAGGACCGUCCCAAGACUAUUACCUUGCAUGCUUCGACCAAACGCUACACGGUGUUGGGUGCUACUCCGGUUCGCCUGUCAGGCUUUACAGAAAAAAAAGAAGACCAACUAGAAAGAGAGAGGCGAAGUUUUCACUGGCGGUUGACGUGAGGAGAGACUUCUCCAGGGACACGGAAGCACCCAUAGAUGGGGCACAAUGGAGAAGGCGUGUGGUUGAGCGUAGGUGACGUUGCUUGACAUUCCCCCAUUAAAGAAAAACAUUGUAUGAUACACCAGCAGCCGUCAGAAGAGACACGAGAUGCAAUAACGAAGAAUGUUAUC